GGGAAUUGGCAUGUUGGAUCAUAUGGCCAUCCAAUCUGAUUUGGCUUUGGCUCAGUGGUGAAUGCUGAUGAAACUAGACAUCUAUAAGCUUUGGACAUGCGGUUGAAUUAAGACCUUUACAAAUGAUGCUAAGGCCGCACUCACAAUGGUUCUCCUUUCUGUGUGAGAAAUGCGAGCCUAAGAAAGUAAGCCCCUCCCCAUGUCCUAGUUUAUGGGGAAAAUGUAAGCUUGUCUUCAAGAUCGGGCUUGCCUGUAAUUGUGGCGUGUUAAUUGCUUCUAGGUUCCAAUAUUAAUCUUGAUUGUAAUGCUUCUUUUCUUCUUUCUUUUAAAACUGCAAUAUUUCUUGACAGAUAUGCCUUCGAGUGAGCCCAUCGACAUCCCCAAUGCCAAGAAAAGAAACAAGAAGAAAAAACGCUGCAGAGCUACAGACAGUUUUUCAGGGAGGUUUGAAGAUGUUUACCAGCUCCAAGAAGAGGUCCUCGGAGAAGGAGCACAUGCAAAAGUCCAGGCCUGUGUUAAUCUCAUUACUAACAAGGAGUAUGCAGUGAAGAUAAUUGAGAAGCGACUUGGACACAUCCGAAAUCGGGUAUUUCGAGAAGUGGAAAUGCUGUACCAGUGCCAAGGACACAG